UUGUGUCAACGUUAGCAUCUACGUUGAAGUGUUCAAGCAGUCUUCCUCAAUUCCUCAACCAAAACUUGUUACCCUCUUCAUGACACAGCCAUGGAUAUUGUAGAGUUCUACGUAUCUUGUAACCCUCCGUUACUCCCUAAAGGAGUGGCGCUGAUCUUUGCCAGUGUCGAGGAAAGAAAAGAUGACCUUGGAAUCUUCGAGAUCCUCUACGAGCCUGACAUUCCUUGGUUCAAGCUCAUUGCCCUAAAGGCUUCUCAACGCGAAGUCUCUACUUGGAUGCACUCUCAACUAGAGCAGCUAAUAGAAACGGAGGCCGAGGCUGUCAUACAGGACGAAGACGAGGAUGACCUAGGUACAUCCUCUAUUCAACUUGAUAUUGAAAUAUUGGUCGAUGAGCCACAUAUCAUUGCUUUUCCUUCUCUCCGAACAAUCCCAGAAGACAUCCUCAAUCAGUAUGACGCGUUCCGAUAUCCCGACACUAUCAAGACCUUGUCUUACAAAACAGUCUGGCGAGUUCCAGAAUCAUCCGGGGCCACUAUCACACAGAUUCUCUCGAAUUACAGGUUCUUGGGAUAUGUUGCGCCUCUGGGCCCAAGCAUCGAUAGUCUUCAAGCACUUACGAAAUGUGUCAUUACACAUAAUGUUCAAGGUUCCUUGGUAUACAUCGGCAGCAGUGAAAGCAAACAAGCACUGAGCGUUGCAAAACAAAAACUUGACACUCUUGCGAACUUUAUGGAUGCCCCUUUGCCCCCUACCGCUCAUAUGGUCUUUGCCGAAACGUCGGGCUCGGUCACACUAUGCUAUCGAUAUAUGACACAUAUUGGACUGUCCAGAUUGACUUAUGUUGAUUUCGCCGGUGCCGACCAGGACGAGGACCAGGAGUAUGCCUCGAUCGCCAGUGCAGUAUCCUUGAGAAUUGAAUCUGUUAAUCGGUACCGGCAGCCUGUUCCCGAUCGCGUCAAAUAUCCACUCACCGAGCCUGGAAAAUUGGUAACGUGGCAACCAGAGUUCCGCCCCUUCUCUGGAUAUUCAUAUGGAAACAAACGUUCUGGUACGACAGCUGUCAAUGAGAACAACAGACCUCUUCAGAACGUCCAACACCGUCAAUCGGACAGAAUUGAUAAGAUCACCGAUCCUAGAAGGAAUCACAAUCUCAAGCAUACUAGCCCUCUAGAGGUUCCAGAACUUCGAAAGAGCUCAGAAGAUCCCAGGUACCUCUCUCGAAACCACAAGUCCGUGACUAGUUGGCUCGGCGGCAUCGCGUCUAGCGGAGAUGGUGAUCAUUUGAUGCCAGCCUCUUUUCUCCCAGAGGAGAAUGGCGAGCAGGGCCAGGGAACUGCAACAGACCUAUCAUGCGAGUCAUAUUCUGAGAUAUCGCGAAGCAUCGACGAGCCAAACGAACCUCAGCUUGCCAAUAUUAAAGACGUCUCUCCUAUGGAGGCCAAGAUCAGACAGCAGAUACCAGUAUCAGAUUACCAAGCUUCUUUAAGCCAGCAUCCAUUGGGCUUGGACUUACCAGAAAACAGUCUCCAGCUCCUCAGUUUUCCCAAUCCUUCCGGUCCGCAGUCCAACGGUACACGGGAUUUGAUGGACAUUGAUGAUGGUCCCAUCACUCUUCCUGCGCUUAUGGAUAAAAUCCCUAUGUGCGAUCGUGGUAACAGACUUCAGACUGUAUCGGAGGACCAAGGUAUUCAUUCUAAGGUCACGUUCGGCAAAAGAGACCCUCAAGAGAAAAGAUUAUUUGAUACCAUGAGACAGAAAGCUGCUUCUGUGCCAAGCUGGGCCAACAUCGCCUCAAAGAAGAAAGAGGAGAAGCGAGACGACAAGCCCACCUUCGGGCAGAACGUGCCUGUCACAUUUGUCCCUGGCAAUCGUUCUGCAACUCAGAUUUCAGCCACGCCAACAUCCCGGGUAAUCGCCAACCUCAGCCAUGUCACGGCCAAGCAAGAAGAAGAAGGGCACGCCAAGGACAAGGUAGAUCUAUCUGAGAAACCCAAACCUGGCCCAAUUGCCCAGACCGUUCGAAUUGUUCAGGGAAUGGACAUGCCUUCGUCGGACCAGGUAGAGUUUGGCGAACUUCUGUCGCAGGCUGAGAACAAGCUCAGUAAGUUGAUCGAAGAUCUGCAAAUAGUCCCUGGCAAAGUGAGUGUUCAAGCUCAAUUUGGACGACUGUGCCGCAAAGACACUUUUCCUGCAUUGGUCUAUGACGGCCAAGCGCCAUCGUGGGUUGUCAAUAAAACUGUUGAAGCUCUAAACACUGAAAAUCCACAUAUGGGGUUCUAUCCCAUCCUCACAACAAGCGGGGCAGAAGCGAACUCGAUACCUCAAAUGUUUGGUGGCAGAUCUUCAUGGUUACUUACGGGGAAACGAGUUUACUACGAAUUUCACUGCAUCGCUGAGAAGACGCUUGAUCUUGAGGCUGUCGUGGAGGUCGAUGCUGAUACCUUCCAGCAUCAAUACUUUCCCCCGGCGACUGAAGUCUCAAAGGCUCUCGUUCAUUGCACUCGACGUGCAUGGGAUGUCAAAUUUUCUGUCUCACGAAUGUAUAUGGAGGGGAUCACGGAUGAUAUGGAAGAGUUUGCUGCAUCACUGGUGCGGUCCAUGAGUAUCGAGACGAAUGAGAUGGGAGAACUCGUGAUCAGUACCGAGCCAAAGAGCACCUCGAAGUUGUGCAUCGAUCGGGUCAGAAUAUGUCACGAAGCUCGGUAUCGAAAUGGCGAAAAGGGGCCUAGCCGUCUCAAGAUUACUAUGAUACGAAGAGUUGAGAAACUUCCUGGGAUUCCCAAAGGAAGUUAUCGGGGCCAGUCAGUUCCAGUAACUCCCCCUGGAAAUGGACAGCCUGGCCAGUGGUUCGAAGCAAGCAUUUCGUCCGUACGAGCGGAAGAGAUAUUUCAAGAGAACAUAGGUCUAGAGUUCGGCGAUAAAACACAUUGGACGCCUGAAGUCCUACAGCACCAGGGUGUUUUCCGAGCCAUCUCUGAGCCAGCACUGCGGAUGGUUAGCCAGAUGGACCAUGUCGGUGAUUCGAACUCCAACGGACAUGGCCCUCGCACUGAUCGACAAUCGUACAGUGCUGCUCAGGAUUCAAAGGACCGACAGAAAGGGAAAUACUUUUGGUGAAGUGUUGCAGGAUUAUGUUUGAUUCAACACGCAGAAGUGGAAGACAUGAUUGAAGUACGAAGUGUGAUGGGGAUGAAAUGGAUAGAUAUCGGAGUUACUGAACGCCUUGUGUCAAAACUUUGAGCUAUUAUGAGAUCGCGAUGACAAUUUACAUGAUUCUG